GUUCAAACCUGCUGCGUAAUUGCACCGUUUAGCAGUUCUUUUCUUCGUGUUUUCAGCACUUCAGACAUUGAAUCAAGAUGCCAGACUAUUUGGGUGACGAUCAAAGGAAGAUUAAGGAAGAAGAAAAGGAAGACGCACCUAUUAGAGCUUUGGAUGAAGGGGACAUAGCUCUGCUCAAAACCUACGGUCAAAGCACCUAUUCCAGGCAGAUCAAACAAGUGGAAGAUGACAUCCAGCAACUUCUUAAAAAGAUAAACGAGCUGACAGGCAUCAAGGAGUCCGACACAGGCUUAGCUCCUCCAGCCCUCUGGGAUUUGGCUGCUGAUAAACAGACUCUGCAGAGUGAGCAGCCUCUGCAGGUUGCAAGAUGCACGAAGAUCAUCAAUGCGGACUCUGAAGAUCCAAAAUAUAUAAUCAAUGUCAAACAGUUUGCCAAGUUUGUGGUGGACCUGAGUGACCAGGUGGCUCCGACUGACAUAGAGGAGGGCAUGAGAGUCGGAGUGGACAGGAACAAAUAUCAGAUCCACAUUCCCCUGCCUCCAAAAAUCGAUCCCACUGUCACGAUGAUGCAGGUGGAGGAGAAGCCUGAUGUGACUUACAGCGACGUUGGUGGCUGUAAGGAGCAGAUUGAGAAGCUGAGAGAAGUGGUUGAGACUCCAUUGCUUCAUCCGGAGAGAUUUGUCAAUCUGGGUAUUGAGCCCCCUAAAGGYGUGCUGCUGUUCGGACCCCCUGGCACAGGAAAGACCCUGUGCGCCCGUGCCGUUGCCAACCGAACCGACGCCUGCUUCAUCAGAGUCAUCGGYUCUGAGUUGGUGCAGAAGUAUGUGGGAGAGGGAGCCAGGAUGGUGCGGGAGCUCUUUGAGAUGGCCAGGACUAAGAAGGCCUGCCUGAUCUUCUUCGAUGAAAUUGAUGCUAUUGGAGGUGCCCGUUUUGAUGAUGGUGCUGGUGGGGACAACGAGGUCCAGAGGACCAUGCUGGAGCUCAUCAACCAGCUUGACGGCUUCGACCCUCGAGGUAACAUCAAAGUGCUGAUGGCCACCAACAGACCAGACACCCUGGACCCAGCCCUGAUGAGACCAGGGCGUCUGGACAGGAAGAUUGAAUUCAGCCUGCCUGAUCUGGAGGGUCGUACUCACAUAUUUAAGAUCCACGCCCGCUCAAUGAGUGUGGAGAGAGACAUUCGUUUUGAGCUUUUGGCUCGCCUCUGUCCCAACAGCACCGGUGCUGAGAUCCGCAGCGUUUGCACAGAGGCGGGGAUGUUUGCCAUCAGGGCUCGUAGGAAGAUCGCCACAGAGAAAGACUUCCUGGAGGCUGUAAACAAAGUCAUCAAAUCCUACGCCAAGUUCAGCGCCACCCCAAGAUACAUGACCUACAACUAACAGUGUGUGUUUCACUAAGAGUUCAAAUGGCUUGUUUUCCACUCCUGUUCACGUAAAAAUAAAGUUUAUUCCAAACUGAA